GUAAAUUAUUCAACAGACGACUGAAAUAUAAGUCGUCCACACCCUAAACAUAACCCCUAAACUUAAUUAUCUAGUUAAACACUUCAUAAAACCAAAUCAAACUUGAAAAGUGUUUACUAUACACAGAAAUAAACACAUAUAAGUAAGUUUUUCUAGAGAUGAAAAGGUUAAUCAAGUUAAAAUCGGAAACAAAUCGCCUCAUGGAAAUAAGGCAGAUGCGAUAUUUUACUCAGGAAACAUCUAAUAAAAAUGUGAGCAUUUUUAUGCACACAUAAAUGAACCAACUGAGCUAUGGCAAACUUUGAAAGAAAGGUUUGGAAAAAAUAAGGAGGUAAAAUCUCUUUCUGGGCUUGAACAGUGGAAAAUCUGAGGUUUCAAAUUUUUUAAAAAAUUGAGGAAUACAAUUCUGCCAUUCUGAAAGCAGUUUUGUGUACAUCAAAUAAAUUUGUAAGGAUCAGUACAUCUAUUUGUUGUUGCACGUUGACGAAUAAAGAGAAAUGAAACAGAUUAAGGACCUAAAGGUUCUUCCCUGUGUAGAGUUUGAGAUGAAAGACAUGGAAGAAACAAAAUAGAACAAAAGAUUUUCUAACACUGUCUCAAAAAAAAAGUAUUUGAUGAAAGUGUUAGACAUGUUCAUACUCAAAUCAAUUCAAGCAAGUUCAGACAGCAUUAGGAGUCCAUUUCAAGCUAAGAACAGAUACAGACAACGAACUAAAAGAACAAGCAGAGUCAAUGAAGACAGUCCCUUGCUCUAGUGCAGUCCGCAGCAUCAGAGCCAACUAACUAGGGAAAAAAUCGUACGACCGUACUAGGUCCAAACCUGUGUCUCUCCGUAUAAAGUCAAGGGGCUUGAUUUUUCUUAAAAAUACACAUUUUUUACAUAAAUAUUUUACAAGUUUUUAAUAAAUAAAAUUAAAAAGGGGCCUAGAAAUGUUUUAAUUAUAUAUGGUUAAAUCACAAUAUAUUACUGUUAUAUUUUAUAAACAAAAAUGUAUUUAAAGCAUUGAAAAAUAAAUAAUCUUAAAAGGUAGAAUAAAAAAAUUUGCCCUGGGCCGAUAAGAAUGUUAAGCCGGCACUGGGCAGCAUCAUGUAUGCCAUGAUUGGCACCCGAGUGGAUUUGUCUUAUCUAGCAGGAGUGAAUAGCCGGUUUAUGAGCAAACCUCUAAAAGAGCAUUGGCAAGCAGUGAAGUGGGUCUUGAGGUAUAUCAAACGCGAACUAAAGCUUGUGUAUAAGAGACAAAGUUUGUUUUGAAAGGGUUUCGACUCUGAUUUUGGAGGAGAUUUAGAAAGCAAAAGGCCAAUUGGUGAGUAUGUUUUCACUCUUGGAGAUGGAACAAUCAGUUGGAAGUCUGGUCUAUAGAAGUGGUGGCACUACUUCCACCGGAUGCCGAGUAUAUAUAUGGCACUAACUUAGGCUGUAAAAUAAAAAGUUUGGAUAAGGGAUUGAUGAAUGAGGGGGUUUUCAUCAAGAUGCAGUUGAAGUGUUUAGUGAUUCUUAGAGUGCCACUAUCCAAGAAUGAUGUGAACAAAGCAUAUUACUCAGAAGUAUAACUUUAUACUGGACUUGAUUGCAGACGGUUUGGUGAAGCUAACAAAGACUACUCUUUACAAUACAGCUGAUGCCCUUACCAAGGUGUUACCGGUGAGGAAGCUCUAAAAUGCUCUGGAACUAUUCUAGAUUUCAAAGAACUGACAAUAGUCAGAAAGAUUGGUGGAAUCCAAGAACUAGAAUCAAUGAAACUCAAAUCCAAGGUAGAGUUUUGUGGAUAUGGUUUUGAGUCCGAACAGAGGAAUGUCUGUUCUUCUCUACGGAUAAGUGUUGAUGGCAUUCAACUUAGAAGGCUUUUAUAGUUGCAGAAGACCAUGACUACGAUUCCAACAUGAAAUGAGAGCAAGUGAGAGUCCUGUGGCGUGUGCAUUGGAUCUUUCUCAAAAUGAACCAGAAGUUGGCUGGUUCUUGAGAACUAAGCUUCGACAGAAGAGGAAGUCGGUUCUGCAGUACUCUCCUUUUGGGACCACUCUCAUACGACAUGGUUGGGGUUUCUUAAGGAACCGACAAGAGGGUUUUGUGGCUAGGUUUAGACAAUGAACUUGUAUAUAAACCAAGUAAUUUUAGUGGAUUCAGGGUAUCAGAUCCCGACGAGACGUAGAGUGAGUUUAAGAGCCUGAACUCAUUAACCUUGUUGUGUUUUGUUUAUCUUUCUUCCUCUGUUCUUACUUCUUAACAAAUCAAUCACAAACGAGUGCAAACACGAGAUAGAGGAUUAACUUGAUAUGCAACCGUUUCAGGUUUUAAAUACUCACAGGUUUGAUAGUUUAAAGUUCUAUAUAUAUUUUUUUUCUAUUUUGAUUGUCUGAUUUUCUCAUUAUACUUCUGUUGGCACUUAUUCUAACAGGAAAUCAUUUUUUCCUCCCUUUAAAUCUACAAAUCUAUUUUCGGGGAAGAAACAAAUAGUAAAAUACUGCUUUGAGUUAGUACAAUGUGCAAGAUGUAAAUAUGACACAACAAGAAUUUUCCUGAAUUAGAUUAAGCCAAUGAAGCUUAACAUCAAUAAUUAAAAAAACAACAAAUAAAUUUAGCAGCCAGCCAGCCAUAUUUGUUAAGCUAAAAACUAAACCCCUUCAAAUCUCAAUCUAAUUACCCUUUUUUCUCCUCUCCGCACGAAUUAAUUAAUUCAAAGUUGUAAAUCUACGAAGGGGCCAAAAGUUAGUAACAUAUUCAAAAUGUUCGCCGAGGCGGAUAACAAUAUGAUGCAUCCUGAUCCGAAUCUCUCCUCCGCAAUGACCGACCAGACCGAGGACGAGUACGGCCUACGUAACAGCAGUGCAUCUGCGGUUGGCACAGGCAUGUACGGUAGAAUGAGCUGCGAAGGUUCUCCAGUGAUGAUGUCUCCCUGGAACCAAGCAUCUCCAUUUACUCAAACCGAAUGGUCUAACGUCGAUGAAAAUCUACCUCAGAAUGGUCUUAUUGGCUCGCUUGUACGUGAAGAAGGCCACAUCUAUUCUUUAGCGGCCACAAAAGAUCUUCUUUACACUGGUUCCGAUAGUAAGAACAUCCGCGUGUGGAAGAAUCUAAAGGAGUUUAGUGCGUUUAAAUGCAACAGUGGAUUGGUAAAGGCCAUUGUGAUUUCAGGGGAAAAGAUUUUCACAGGUCACCAGGACGGUAAGAUUCGCGUUUGGAAAGUAUCUCCUAAGAACCAAAGCUCCCACAAACGCUCUGGAACGUUACCUACUUUAAAAGAUAUAUUCAAGGCCUCUCUCAAACCAAGUAACUAUGUUGAGGUGAAGAAAAACCGCACCGCGCUUUGGAUCAAACACGCGGACGCUGUCUCUUGUUUGAGCCUAAAUGAAGAACAAGGGCUGUUGUAUUCUGCUUCAUGGGAUCGAACAAUCAAGGUGUGGAGGAUCUCUGAUUCGAAGUGCCUAGAAUCAAUCCCAGCUCACGAUGAUGCUGUAAAUUCUGUGGUAUCAACAACGGAAGCGAUUGUGUUCUCUGGAUCAGCUGAUGGAACAGUGAAAGCGUGGAAGCGUGAGCAACAAGGAAAACACACAAAACACACGCUCAUGCAAACGUUAACAAAGCAAGAAACUGCUAUCACAGCUUUGGCUGUGAAUAAAAAUGGUACUGCUGUGUACUUCGGUUCGAGUGAUGGUUUGGUGAAUUUUUGGGAGAGAGAUCAGAAGCAAUUGAACUACGGUGGUGUUUUGGAGGGACACAAACUUGCUGUUCUUUGCCUUGAAGUUGCGGGCAGUCUUGUCUUCAGUGGGUCUGCUGAUAAGACAAUAUGUGUGUGGAAGAGAGAUGGAAAUAUCCAUACAUGUCUCUCUGUACUAACUGGUCACACAGGUCCUGUAAAAUGUUUAGCGGUAGAAGAAAAUCUUGAAGUGUCAGAACGGAAAGACCAUAAAUGGAUUGUAUAUAGUGGAAGUCUGGACAAGUCAGUAAAAGUAUGGGGAGUUUCAGAAUCAUUCAUUGACAUGAACAACAUGUGUACGAUGCAGCAACAACAACAUGUCAUAUCUCAUUCGGAGGUUGUUAUGUCUGAUGGCAGUUUCUCCUCAUCAGCUGGUGGAGCCAGCAGCCAUCAGAGAGGUUAAUCAUGUUUUGUGGUUUGCUCUCCUAAUUAAAUAACAAAUUUGCAUGAAUGUCAAACAACUCAUCAAUUUUAAAAGUUAAAUUUCAAUACAAACAAAAAGAAAAGUUUAGUCUUAUGAUGCAAUACGUGUAUUAUGAAUUUGAGACUUUAAUAUUAAAGUUCGUUAUUAUUUUCAACAUUUUGUGAUAUUGUAGUCUUGCUUAUGUUGUAUCAUGUUCUUACUACUUUUAUGAGAUUUGAUAGAAUCAUGUAGUCAUUUUAUUCUAUUAUUUCUCGUGGAAUUAUUGAUAGCUUUUCAGUUUUCAUUGAUCAAAAGUUUCAAAACCAUGAGCUAUCCGGCUCAGUUUAGCUCGUGUUGGUUCAGUGUGAGGUUGAUAUACGGCCACGACUUCGCACAAAUGAGUAGAUACAAUAUCUUUUAUAAAUGAGACUAGCUGAACAUUAUUUUGUUAGCAGAUUCUGUUUAUGUAUAAACAACCUAUUCGGGUUUUAUUAGAGAGGUAUUGUACAACAAAGCAAAAAUGUUACUGGAUCAACCAAGCAGGCCGUUCCACUCUCUGUAGAAGGCCCUGUCGAGCUUUGCAGUCUAGUGACAACUGGUGUUUGAAACACCGGUAGUCUGUGAGAAACUGAGACAUUACUGUGUUGUAGCUGUCUGUCUUGUCCUGCAGGAGCUUUGGCUGUGGCUGGAGAAGUAAACACACUCUUAUGCCAUG